GAUUUUGCUUCGACAAACUGUUAGUACUAUAAUUGUCAGAAACUUGUUUGUCUAUAUAUUGUCAUCGCGUGGAAGUCGGCUCUCUCUUUAACAGGAAACGAAAAUGCCUGUUCUGCUUGAAAGAAGUCGCCCGACCAAAGACCAGCAGAGAGCCGUGCACGCGUACAUUCGGCGACAAAGAGAGAAGGGCAAACAGGCUCUUGCCGAAAGCAAAGCGAAGGAGGAGGAAGAAAAACAGCGAAAGAAAGAAGAAGAGAAAAAGAAAGAAACAGUGGAAGAUGUAAAAAAGGAAAUUGCUGAAUUAGAGUCGAAGUUGGAACAACUGAAGGAGAAGAAACACGAGCUUUUUUCGCAAUUCAAGCGAGCUUUAAAUUAUGAAAAUGAAAUGAAGAAACAGCAAGAAAAUCAAGCUUCAUUGAAGGCAUCUACUUGUAUAACUUUAGCAGGCAGUUCUAGAGGCGUUCAGGGUUUGGCUACAGGGCAGGCUGCGUUGACACCCACAGCACACCCACAAUCUUCCCUUGGGGAUGCUGCUCCAAGUUCAGGUGUGAUCAGAAGACAAGGAAGUCCUCCACAUCCUCUCUCAGGUUUUAUUCAGGCACAAAUCCAUUCUCAACAAAUGCAGAGUCUUCAAGUUGCACAUGCUCCUUACCCACCACAGACAACUCAGAUGCCAGUCCAAGCUGCAGUCCAAGAGAGAUUUCCUGUAUUUCAACAUGGCCAAGUGCAGGCACCCGUUAUUGCAGGCAAUCAGCCUGAAAGUCAUUUUCAAGAAAAGCAUCAUGCCCCUCGUCAACUCACCCCUACUGGUACAGGUUCAGAAUCACAGCCUCAGUUUAACAGACAACUGCUUCAGCAAGGUGGACCGUCCCAGCAGGAAAAUCAGCAGGCUCUAGGUCACCAGUUACAGCAACCACAGCAGCACCAGCAGCAGCAGCAGUUUCCUUACCAUGUACAGCCACAACUACAGCAGCAACAGCCAGGUUAUCAACAGUAUGCACAACAAAGUAAUCAGAAGCAAGCUUUUCAGCCUCCCCCACGCCCACAAACACAGCAGCAACCAAGCUCAGCACAGCACAACCAAGGACCCCAGCAUGGAUACCCAGCACAACAUGUCCAGGACCAACCACACCUCCAGCCUUAUCCAGUUCACGCCUCUAGUAUGCAUCAGAUGCAGUCUCAGCAGUCCUAUCAGGUGCAUUCUCAGCAACAGGGAUACCAAGCAAAGCAGCAGCCUGUAGCUUACCAAGCUCAGCAAGCACCACCAAGUGGCCAGCAUGGAUACCAUCCACAGCAACAACAACAGCAGCAGCAGCAGCAGGCAGGGCAGUACCCUUCAGCACAUGGACACCAAGGACAGCAGCCUGACCAAAUUCCACACAGGCAGCAAACAAUGACAACACAGCAGUUUCACCAGCAGCAGGGAAACCAGAGCCAAAGCCGGCAAGUGCCAUAUGAUGCAGGACAUCAGUCCCAGCAGAUGCUGCCACCACCACAACAGCAGCAGCAGCAACAGCAACAGCACCAGAAGCCUGAACAGAGGCAAAGUGCUGGACUUGGAUAUUCUCAACACUACACGCAUGACUAUCAACAACACCAUGCCCAGGGACCCCAGUCAGUAAAGAGAGCCAGCCACAAGUUUAGUCCUUAUCCUCCUUACUCUGGGUCAAAGAGUCACCAUCAGGGAAGUGCUGGGAAGAAAUAUGCUGGAAAGUACCCAAGCUCCCUGGAAGGAUCCUCAUCGUCAGGCUCAUACACAGGGCCAUCAGGUGGUUCCUCACACUCAAGGCACCAUCAACAUCAAGGACGUAGUCACAAGGCUGGAACAGGGCACAGCUCAUCCAACCAACAGAAGACUUCUAGGUACUACCCGUGAAAACACACACACUGCCUGCAGCAGAAUUCAAGCUGUCUUGGUACUAGUGAGGAUCCAAAGAUACCAUCCAGUUCUUCCAGUGAGGGUUCAACAAACACCAUCCAGGUAUUGCCAAAGGGAGUUCAACGAACACCAUCCAAGAAUAACUGUUGAGGAUUCCACAAAAGCUGUCCAGGUAUUGCCAGUGAAGGUUCCUCGAAAGCCGUCCAAGUAUCGCCAGUGAAUGUUCAGCAAAAACUGUCCAGGUAUCACCAGUGAAGGCUCAACGAAAGCUGUCCAGGUAUUACCAAUGCGGAUUCAACAAAAGCUCUCCGGGUAUAAUCAGCGAAUACUCCACGAAAGGACGGGAGGGGUCAGUGUAGAGAGGGAAUUUGCCCUAUGCUUGGAGGAAAAUGAAAUGAAAUUUGCUGGAUUUUGAAAAAUACUCUAUGUAAAAACAUUGGGAAGAGGAAUUAAUGAGUGAGACAACGACUUUGGUAUGAUGAAAAAAUAGUUCAACAAGUAGUAAUAUUAUGCUCAAGAAAUAGAACGUAAAUUUUGUCCGGGAAUCUUAAUAUAAAAACGUAAAAGUCACUUUACUAGAGAUGACCGUAAUGUGACUUUAACUGAAUUUUUAUAACGUUGCCAGUGUAGGCUAGUCAUCAUUAGCUUACAUUAUUGAUAGAGAACGGUGGACAAUUAGGCAAGUGAUGUUUGCCUCCCUAGAAAUAGAGCUCUGAUAAGUGAAAAUACAUGUAUGUGAAGUUAAGAGAUAAUGAUGGAGCAAUAUUGUUUUUCCUGAUGUGCGCAGUCUUGAAUUUUUAUCCAUUCUUUUUAGGUAUAUUUUAAUUAUUCUUAUCUCAUGACAAGCUCUCGAUUAGCUUUUCUCUGUAGCCCUAUUGAUUGUUCCUCUUUAUUGCAAAACAUCCUGUCAAUAAAAACCUUGGAACUAUUAA